UUAGAAUGAAUUCAGGUUGAUUUUGAAGCCCUAAAUCAUUUCAUUUAAAAAAAUACUACAAUAAAGAAAUGUAAGUUUGAUAAGAAAAGAACAAAAAUUGAUGUUAAAUCGCAGACUUUCCACUUUUCCGGGCAACGUGAAGGCAUCACCGCUGCUUGUUGACAUCAGCAGACCGGAAACGCUUCAGAGGAGCCGGGCUAGCUUAGCAUGCCGCAGCUAGCUUAGCAUGCCGCAGCUAGCUUAGGUGGUCGGAAGGAGGAAAGUAGAAGCCUCGGAUUUGAUGAAGGUUCAACUCUGACGGAGCGUGAAUAAAGUUCAGAUGUCCCUGCAGGGGGCGCUCAGGAGGAGCUUCCUCCUUUUGCAGGAGCAGCAGGGGGUGUGGGGGAGCAUCCUGCAGGAGUGCGACUCCCUGGCAGAGUCUUUAGGGAACCUCGGGGAGCAGAUGGGAGGUCUGGCUCGGGUUCGGCUCUCCGACACGCCGCUCAGGGUGUUUCCGGAUCUCCAGGAGCGGCUGCGGUUCCAGUUAGUGCAGGAGGCAGACCUCCUGCUGCAGAGACUCAGAGGCAGGAUGUCUGAUCUGCAGUCUGUCAGAGACUCCAUCAGCAACCAGGCGUCUGCGGUUCUGCUGCUGUACGAAGAUGCUGCAGACACUUUGGAUCUAGCAGCACUGAGCCGGCGCCCAUCUGUCGUCCCCUCAGCUGCUGACAUGUUGGAGUGGCUGCAGGACGCUGAGCGUUACUACCGGCAGCAAUUUUUGCAGAGGAAGAUUCUGCUGCAGACGCUGAGACUGGAGGAUCUCUCACAGGUGGAGGGUUUCCCACAGAGAUGGAAAACUCUGGAAUCUCCCGAUUCAGAGCAACGAAUCACAGACACACUCUGCAGACUGUCCUUCUUCAUGGAGUCCCAGUGAAGACUGGUGUUCAGGCUGGGAGCAGAUAUGUUAUCAGUACCAAAGACCUCCAUCUGACCUCAGAUCUGCUACUGGAUAGAAACAGUUUAGUGGAAACAGAAACUUCAUUAACUCUUUAUUCCACAGACCCGUCACAGCACACGCUAACAAGUCAGGGAUGCUAGUAAGAACUCUGAGCAACUCAACACAAAUAUGUCCGCUGCAUUAGUACUUCAGUCUGAUGGCAGGGAGUCCACUCCUCCUCCAUGUUCUCCUCUCAGCCCUCCUCCCAGUCCUCCUGCUCCUCCUCCUGUCCUACACGUACUCCUUCAGGGGCAGGUUGUUGGAGGCGAUGGGCUUCGGGGGAUCGGGUGCAGGCGAGUUAGCAAAGCUUCGGCCCAUGUAUCCCCGGCGGUAGCGGCCGCCCUUCUCCAUGAAGGGGCAGGUGCUGCUGAGGACGGCGCCGCUGAUCAUCAGGAUGACGGCCGCUGCCCAGCCCAGGUAGAUGGCCUGGCCCAGCUCCCGUUUGUGCAUGAUGGGAACAUUGGGGUUGUGGAAGUCUUGGAUAACAGUGUUGGCGGUCCAGGAGACGGGGAUCAGGAUGCACAGGCCUGUCAGGAUAAAGAGGAUUCCACCUGCAAGCGCUAUGCCGGCCUUGGCGCGGCGGUCGUCGCCGGCACAGGUGGUGCACUUCAUGCCGCAGCAGGACACUGUGCAGGAGAGCCAGCCCAUGAAGAUGGCAAUGCACAUGAGGGCGCGUGCAGCCUGGAUGUCUGGCGGCAGCGCCAGCAUUGAGUCGUAG